AUGGCGAAGUCGUCGCCGGUGAAGAUACCGGCCACUACUCUAGAGGAUUAUGCUCACAGUCCAUUCCAUUACGCCGUCGUUUUAUGGGAUCACGCUGGUUUGACUCGUCUUGUUUCCUCCUUGCCUAAGCUAACCGAGCCAGAACAAAUACACACCGAGUCAGACUCCGCGAGCCAGGAGCAACUCGCCGAGCAAAUUUCCGCCGCGAUCGACCGCCGCGACGUUCCCUUACGCGAGACGCCUCUCCAUUUAGCGGUGCGCAUAGGCGACGUUUUCGCCGCGGAGACGAUCUCCUCCGCCGGCGCCGACAUCACGCUCCAGAACGCCGCGGGAUGGAGCCCCUUGCACGAGGCGCUUUGUCGCCGGAACGCCGAGAUCACGGAGACGGUGCUCCGGCAUCAGCGCCGCUCGGCUUGGUGCAAAUGGAGACGGAGGCUGCCGCAUUUGAUCGCCGUCCUCCGCCGCAUGAGAGACUUCUACAUGGAGAUUUCUUUCCACUUCGAGAGCUCCGUGAUCCCCUUCGUCGGGAAGAUCGCUCCUUCCGACACGUACAGGAUCUGGAAACGCGGCGGAGAUCUACGCGCGGAUACUUCUUUGGCCGGGUUCGAUCGGUUCAAGAUCCGCCGCGCGAGCCAGAGCUUUCUCUUCCUCGGAGACGGAGACGAGUUUCUCGACGUGGCUUCCGGUACGUUGCUUGUGUUGAACCGAGAGGAGAAAACAAUCUUGAACGCGUUUGAAAACGCGAAUGAUCCAAUUAGCGACGGUGAGAUCGCCGGUUUUUGCUCUCGGACGAGCUUGUACCGUCCGGGGAUGGACGUUACGAAGGCCGAGCUCGUUGAGAUGACGAACUGGCGUCGGCAAGCGAAGACUGAAACUGUCGGAGAGUGGAGAGCCAAAGGUUACGAGGUUGCGAACGUGAGUUUCAGUUUCAAGUCGCGGAAAGUUGUUGCUGUCGGAGAAACAGAGCAGAACUAUUCGGCUUUGGACUGUAAGAAUAAUCGGAGUUUCUCAGAACCGCAGCGGAGGCAGCACGGUUGUUCCAACGUUGAGGAGAAAGAGUUUCAACCGUCUUCAUCGUCGCGGAGGAGUAGAAAGUCGGUUUCUUUACCGGCAGAGGGGGUUCCGGUGGCGGGUUCUGUGCCGCGGAUCAAAGAGAAGGAGUUUGUGAAGAGUUUGAGUCCUUCGGUUUGGUUAACUGAGGAUUUUCCUUUGAAGACGGAGGAGCUGCUUCCGCUGCUUGAUAUUUUAGCCAAUAAAGUUAAAGCUGUUCGGAGAAUGAGGGAGCUGCUCACCGCUAAGUUCCCGCCGGGAACUUUCCCGGUAAAGUUGUCGAUACCGGUGAUACCAACGGUGAAGGUAGUCGUGACAUUCAGCAAGUUUGUGCCUCUCCGGCCGAUAGAUCAGUUCUACACACCGCUAUCAAGCCCGAGGCACCUCUCGGCUGUAGUCGAAGACCAAUGCGACGUGGAGAGUGAGGAAACAUCCGACAUAAGAACGUCAACAAGUUCACGCUCAUCGUUUUCAACGUCGUCUUGGCGGAGACUCAAUAUCACAGGCACCGGGAAAAAUGCACAGCGACGGCUGGAGGAGGAGCAGGCACAAAUGGUGGAUCCCUUUUCAAUAGCGACAGGGUAUAAGUGGACGAGCAACUCAGAUAAUUCAGUCUUUGCCAAGAAGAGCUCCACGAAUUCGAGGCACAUAAGAUACUUUGAUCGUAAUAGAAUGGCGAGUGAAGCACCGAGUUGGGCGGAUCAGUGGGGGAACGGAGGAAUUGGGGUGAUGGCAGCGAAGGACGAGACCACUGACGGUAAGAAAGACGCCUCCGGGAAGAAGUCCGGCAAGACCAAAGCAGGGUUUAACAGAGCUAAGAUGGUUGCAUUUAUCGGUGUGAAUUGGAUGAAAAAUCUUGUGCAUAGGAAGAAGAAGGACGCUACUUCUUCAUAAAUAAAUAAAUAAAUAAAAUAUGCUUUCUGUUUCUUUUUCUC